GCCAGCCCGGCGGGCGCGCGGUGGCCAGCGCCCGCGGGGGCGGGCCGUGGAGGCCCGCGGCUGCAGGCAGCCUGCCCGGCCAGCCGCAGGAGCAGCACGAGGAGGCCGCCCCUGCCGCCGGCUGGCGAACUGCCGUGACGGCGCCGGCCCCGCCGCCAGAGGCGCAGGAGCCGCAGCCGCAGCGGCCUGACCCGGAGCCGCCUGCUUCUGAGACAUCGUCGGAGGACACCAUCAGCACGCCCGGCACCGACGGGGUGGCGCGCUUCGAGGAGGACCUGUCGGCGCUGACCUCGGCGCUCGAGGGCCUGGCCCCCGGCGCCCGCGCCGCCUCGCCGGAGGCGGCGGCCGCCCCGGUCUGCGACUUCGAGGGGGCCCUCGCAGACUUGAGCUCGCUGCUCGAGGGCAUGGCGGCCAGCAGGGGCGCGGGGGAUGCCCAGCUGGAGCCCGACGGCUUCGGGGGAGACCUCGGGGACGCGGACUUCGAGGAGCCGCUCUCGGAGCUGCACUCCGCACUGAAGGGCAUGGCGCUCAGCAGGGCGUGGAGUUCCGUGCUGCCAGGCCGCAGUGGCGGAUGGCAGGCCCGCCCGCACGAGGCGGUGCUCGUGGCGUCGUCGCCAGGCGUGUGCCCCACCGGGUCCAUGGCCCAGACAGUCCCAGUCAAGGAGAUCUCUGAGGUCAGCGUGGUUGGAAAGAUCAAGUAUUUCGAGGAUUGCGCCGCCUCACAGUUUGUUGACAAGAUCAACGAGCAGGCAGUCAACGACGGCUCUUCCUACAUGGCGAAGAUUAUCAUUCCCGACCAUGCUACGGACCAGAACUUGCUCAACCACAAUCCCGAGAAGAAGUCCUUUAACGAUAGCGAAGAUACAGAUGUCGGGAGCGCCGAUGGUCACGAUGCCAUCGCCAUCGACACGAACGUUAAUUCCCAGACCUUGGUGGAUGACAGCGCACAUGACACCGAACCAAAGCUCCAGGCGAAGCCCCAGGAGUUGAUAAUCCAAGCUCCCAUGGAGAUUGACAACAUCAAAGCCGAGUUCCAGCAUAUCGGCAUCGAAGCAGAAAUGGAGGCCCACGCGCCGGCAUGA